UCUCUCUCUCUCUCUCCCCCCCCCCCCUCCCUCUCUGCGAAUUUCUAGGGUUUAGCUGUGAAGUCUCUGCGGCUCCGAGAGAACUCAAUUGAAGAUCUCCGAGAAGGUUUCUAGUUUCUAAUUAUUAUGUUUGAUUAAAUUAAAAAUUGAAGAUUUUCGGAGGAAAUAAAGAACAAAGUAAAAAUUUUGGGGAAAAAAAUAAUGGGUAAAGCGUCUCCAAAAGAUAGGGAAUCGAGGAAUUCCAAGCGGAAAAAGCGGAUACGGGCUUCGAGCAACAAGUAUCUGAAGCCCGGUACGCUUGCACAGCUUCGGUACAACAAGGCCUCGGCUGCGAGGUCCUGUACUGAUCUUGGGAGGAAAAGGGUCGCGGUGUUGGAAGCCAAGAAGUCAGAGAGUGAUCUGGCGCUUGAAGAUAAUAAGACCAUUGAUAGAAGCCCUUUGAUGUUGUCGCCGGUGAAUUUUGUUAAGCAGAACAAUUUCCUGGGAACACCAAAGACACCUCGAGUUGAAGAUUGUGAGUUCGAGUCCCGGCUUGAGUCGCUUCCAAUGGAUUUGCUGGUUAAAAUACUUUGCCACUUGCACCACGACCAACUGAGGGCUGUUUUUCAUGUUUCUCAAAGAAUUAGAAAAGCUGUCGUGCUUGCAAGGCAAUUCCACUUUAAUUAUACUACUCCAGAUCGCUCUCGACAAGAGAUGUUAAGAGCAAUGACUCCUCGGCCAACAGAACACUGGCCAUUUGUUAGCAGGGCAGAUGGAAAGGGUAUUUGGUUGCCUAGCCCACAUACCCCAAAAGCACCAAGGCACGGUCCUCGGCCACCGUCUCGUCUCAAAUUCUCUGAGAUGCGGCAGGUUGCAGCUGUUCUAUUCCCAGAAUCAGCUUUUCCCUCGAGAUGCAUGGUUCCAUCUGCUUUACCAAAGCCCCUGUGCAAAUCCUUGGCUUCUAAUCGAGUUCUAUUCUAUGAGGAUGAGUUAUGUCAUGCUGUUGCUCAGAAUAAACUUCGUUGAUUCCUUGUCUUGUUUCUUGUCGCCUCAUGUUCCUGUGUAUAGUUUGUUUCCAGUCUCUAUAAUUGGUCAUAGUCAGGGUAGGGAGUGCGCAAUUUUGUAGAUUUUCUGGGGCAAUUUUAGGUGAUAUGAAACUUAAGAUUUGUGUUAGGGUUGAAAGUUUUAGGUGAUGGUUGUGGGAAUAACAUAUUUCAAACUGGUUACUUGUAUAUUUCCUAUAUAUGUUUGAAAGAAUGGCUUGUUC